CGAUGGGGGGAUGCUGCCCUGCGGGCUGUGCGUGGGUGAAACGCGUAACUCGCUCCCCGUUGUCCCCCGCUCCGCCGGCCCCUCCCUCAGGGGCGCCGCGGGACGGCUCCCGGUCGCACGUGGCGCGGCGGCUGCCCGCCCCCCCGGCCCACGUGUGCCGCCGCGCCGUGCACUGCCGUGCCGGCUCCCCGCUGCAGUCCCGGUGCGGCGGGCAGGCGCUGCGGUGCCGGCGCAGCGGCAUGGCGGCUGCGGCGGGCCCGGGGCGCGGUGGCAGCGGCGGCUGGGGCCGAAGCCGGGGCGCCGUGCUGCUGCUCUUCUUUUCGCUGUCACCACGGCCGCCGGCCGGGGCCGCCUGGCUGCUGGGGUUGCGGCCCGAGGACACGGCGCCGGGCCGGGUAUCCCUAGAAGGCGGCGCGGUGCAAGCGGCCGAGGGAAGCCGCUUCCUCCUGCGCCUCUACUUCCAGCCGCCGCCUGAGGGCAACGGCAGCCGCGGGCCGGCAGGGGAGCGGGAGCCGCGGCUCGUCUUCAUCGAGGAGGCGGCUCCAGCGACGGCGGGGGGUGGCAAGACGGCGCGAGGCCCGGCGGAGAGGUGCCGGGAGCGCAGCGCCUGGGCCUCGGACGUGGAGGUGGUGGGACCGCUGCGUUCGGGUGGGGCAGCGGGCUCGGCGCUGGCCGAGGUGCGGGUGCGGGAGCCGCGCAAGGGAGAGACGGCGGCGGCGCCGGGCGGGCGGCUUUUCUCCCUGUGCGCCUGGGACGGGCGGGCUUGGGCGCACCACGGGGCUGCGGGCGGCUUCCUGCUGCGGGUCCGGCCGGCUGCCCCGGCGCUGGGCACCUGGCUGCUGCCACUGCCCGAGGCGAGCUGGCUGCGGGCGCUGGGCGCCCUGCUGCUGCUGGGGCUGUCGGCGCUGUUCAGCGGGCUGCGCCUCUCGCUGCUCUCGCUGGACCCGCUGGAGCUCCGCGUCCUCCGCAACAGCGGCUCGGCCGCCGAGCGGGAGCAGGCGCGGAGGGUGCAGGCGGUGCGCGGUGGCGGCGGUACCUACCUGCUCUGUACGCUGUUGCUGGGGCAGGCCGGGGCCAACGCGGCACUGGCCGGCUGGCUCUGCGCUUCGCUGCCUGGUGGCGGGGCGGCAGCAGCGGCGGCCGGCGGGCCGCGGGGAGCGCCUUGGUUGCCUGUGCUGCUGUGCACCGCCGCCGUCUUCUUGGGUGGAGAGGUGCUGCCGUACUCGGUCUGCUCGCGGCACGGGCUGGCCAUCGCCUCCCGCACCCUGUGUCUCACCCGGCUGUUGAUGCUGGCCGCCUUCCCGCUCUGCUACCCGCUCAGCCGGCUGCUGGACUGGGCACUGCGGCAGGAGCUCAGCGUCUUCUCCACGCGGGAGCGGCUGCUGGAGACGCUGCGUGCUGCCGGGCCCCACGGCGACCUGGUGCGGGAGGAGCUGGCCAUGGUGCAGGGAGCGCUGGAACUGCGUACCAAGGUGGUGGAAGACGUGCUGACGCCGCUGGCUGACUGCUUCAUGCUCCGCGCCGAUGCUGUGCUGGACUUUGCCACCGUCUCCGAGAUCCUCCGCUCUGGCUACACGCGCAUCCCUGUCUACGAGGGUGACCGGCGCGACAACAUUGUCGACCUGCUCUUCGUCAAGGACCUGGCCUUUGUCGACCCUGAUGACUGCACUCCCCUGCAGACUGUCACCCGUUUCUACCGCCGCCCACUCCACUGCGUCUUCAAUGACACGCGCCUUGACACACUGCUUGAGGAGUUCAAGAAGGGAAAGUCCCACCUGGCCAUCGUCCAGCGGGUGAACAACGAAGGGGAAGGAGACCCAUUCUACGAGGUGAUGGGCAUUGUCACCCUGGAGGAUGUCAUUGAGGAGAUCAUCAAGUCCGAGAUCCUGGAUGAGACAGAUCUGUACACAGACAAUCGGAAGAAGGAGAGGGUGCCCCACCGGGGACGCAAACCUCAGGACUUCUCCAUCUUCAGGCUUUCAGACAGCGAGAUGAAGGUGAAGAUCUCCCCACAGCUCCUCCUGGCUACACAUCGGUUCAUGGCAACAGAAGUGGAACCUUUCAAGUCGCCCUACCUCUCUGAGAAGAUUCUGCUGCGGCUGCUGAAACACCCCAACGUCAUCCAGGAGCUCAAGUACGACCGAAAAAACAAGAAGGCAGCGGAGCAUUACCUCUACCAGCGCAACCGCCCUGUCGACUACUUCGUCCUCAUCCUGCAGGGAAAAGUGGAGGUGGAGGUUGGCAAGGAAGGGCUGCGUUUUGAGAAUGGAGCAUUCACUUACUACGGCGUCCCUGCCAUCAUGGCUGUUGUCUCCUCGGAUAAUGAUGUGCGAAAAAUGGGCAGCCUGGCCGGAUCCUCUUUCCUACUGCCUGUCUCAGUGUCCCGUACCUUCGCCUUCAGUAGAGGGGAUUCCCUGGCUGGCUCUCCAGUGAACAGGUCACCAUCACGGUGCAGUGGUCUCAACCGCUCUGAGUCCCCCAACCGGGAGCACAAUGACUAUGGGGGCAGCACCACACAACUCCACAGCGGCAGCAACAACAUCUACACACCUGACUACUCUGUGCACAUCCUCUGUGAUGUUCAGUUUGUCAAGGUCACCCGGCAGCAGUACCACAAUGCACUGGUGGCCAGUCGCAUGGACAGCUCACCUCAGUCUCCCGACAUGGAGACCUUCGACAGGGAUUCAACAAAGGCCUCGACGGCACGGGGAACUCCACAGACACCCAAGGAGGACCCCACCACCCUCCUGAAUGAGAGGAACAGUGUUAUGUGCAGCCACUCUGAGGGGCUGCACAGUCCCAGUGAUUCGGUGUUCCUGCACAUGGAGGGCAUCCCCUUCAUCCAGGAGGAGCUGGCUGACAAUGAGGAGAACAGCAAACGGCAGAACAGUGAGUGCUGCGACAUGGUCCUGGAGGCUGAGUCCCCGGGCAGAGAGGCUGGGACCAGCUCAUCACCGAGCAGCUCUGAGGAGAUGCUGGGCAGGAGACUGCUGAGAUCCCUCAGUGGGCACAAGCAGCAGCCAUCACUGGAGGGUGAGAAGAUGUCAGAAGAGAGCUCCAAUCUUGCCCAGAUAAUCACCUGAGCAGCAGUGUGGCCGGAGCACGGUGCUGGAGGCCCAUGCAGACUGAAGGUCUGCAGCAUGGGGGCCUCCUGCUGCGAGGCUCAUGUUCAACAGCAGCAGGUCUGAACUCACUCGCUGCCUGCCCACCCGCUCGCUCCUGCCGCCCCUCCCUACAGGACUUGUGCAGAGGCCCAUCCCCAGGAGAGAAAGGAUCUACCCCCAGGGGGGCUGAACCACACAGGCAGCCUGAACCAGCUAGCUGGAGUCUGAGGGCCCUUGCCCAGCUGCUGCCUGGUAGCAUCUGGUCUCAAGGAAGAGGUGGAAAAAGGAAAGUUGAAGUGUCUGGCACGGCGUCCCUGCAGACAGAGCAGGGAGGGGCGGCCCAACCCAGAACUGCCCUUGGCAUUAUUUACCAUCCCCAUCCCAUCGAGGCCUGGAGCCUUCUCACUGCUGGGUGCUGCACAGAUGUGGUCUCCAUCACGAGGAGAAUGUGCUUUUUGGGGGGUGCUAUGUGCAGCUCAGGGCCCCAGCACACAUUUGUGCCGUGCCUAGUGACACACGCGCUCGCAGCGCCUGGCGCACGAUGACCAUUGCCAUCGCCCGGCACUCCCAAACCCCUGCUAGGCACAGGGCAGGGAGCUCCACUCAACCCCCUCCCUGGGGAGGGCCACUCCACGCUGCAUUGAACCAUCCUCCUCUCCGUGCGUGGCUGCCAGCACGAGAGAGGCUUGUGCCGAACCCUCAGGUUGGCACAGACCCGUCAGUAGUUUUUGUAGAGGCUGAAUGCAAAGGGGAUGUUAACAUUAAAAGUUAU